GGAUCUCACUAUUGGAUUUUGGUGGGGAUGAGAAGAGAGAACUAGCGGGCAUAAUCAAGUAAAGGUACCUCCUGCACAGUAAGGCUUUAAAGAAUGCGUUCCAGAAGCAGUGACACAGAGGGCUCAGCCCAAAAGCAAUUUCCAAGACAUAGUAAAGACCAUGGUUUCCAAGGGCCUGCGGACAUGAAGCAGAGACAGCAAGACAAAGACCCCACCAGUGAGUCAGAUGCAAUUGUUCCCUGUCCUAAGUCACACGGUGGUAUCAGUCACCAUGGAGAAGACCUCUCAAGAGAUGACCUAUUAUUUCUUCUGAGCAUUCUGGAAGGAGAAUUGCAGGCUCGAGAUGAAGUCAUAGGCAUUUUAAAAGCUGAAAAAAUGGACUUGGCUUUGCUGGAAGCUCAGUAUGGGUUUGUCACUCCAAAAAAGGUGUUAGAGGCUCUCCAGCGAGAUGCUUUUCAAGCAAAAUCUGCCCCUUGGCAGGAGGACAUCUAUGAAAAACCAAUGAAUGAGUUGGACAAAGUCAUGGAAAAACAUAAAGAAUCUCAUAGACGAAUCCUGGAACAGCUUUUAAUGGCAGAAAAAUCUCAUAGGCAAACCAUACUGGAGUUGGAGGAAGAAAAGAGAAAACAUAAAGAAUACAUGGAGAAGAGUGAUGAAUUCAUAAGCUUACUAGAACAGGAAUGUGAAAGAUUAAAGAAGCUGAUUGACCAAGAAACCAAGUCCCAGGAGAAGAAGGAGCAAGAAAAGGAAAAAAGGGUCACUGCCCUGAAAGAGGAGCUGACCAAACUGAAGUCUUUUGCUUUGAUGGUGGUGGACGAACAACAAAGGCUGACAGCACAGCUUGCCCUUCAAAGACAGAAAAUCCAAGACCUAACCACAAAUGCAAAGGAAACACAUGCUAAACUAGCCCUCGCUGAAACCCGAGUUCAGGAAGAAGAGCAGAAGGCAACCAGAUUAGAGAAAGAACUGCAAACACAGACCACAGAGUUUCACCAGAACCAAGAAACAAUUAUGGCAAAGCUCACCAACGAGGACAGCCAAAAUCGCCAGCUUCGACAAAAGCUGGCAGCACUCAGCCGGCAAAUUGAUGAGUUAGAAGAGACAAACAGGUCUUUACGAAAAGCAGAAGAGGAGCUGCAAGAUAUAAAAGAAAAAAUCAACAAGGGAGAAUAUGGAAACUGCGGUAUCAUGGCUGAGGUGGAGGAGCUCAGGAAACGUGUGCUAGAAAUGGAAGGGAAGGAUGAAGAACUCAUAAAAAUGGAGGAGCAGUGCAGAGAUCUCAAUAAGAGGCUUGAAAAGGAAACAUCACAGAGUAAAGACUUCAAACUAGAGGUUGAAAAACUCAAUAAAAGAAUUAUGGCUCUGGACAAAUUAGAAGAUGCCUUCAACAAAAGCAAACAAGAAUGUUACUCUCUGAAAUGCAAUUUAGAAAAAGAAAGGAUGACCACAAAGCAGUUGUCUCAAGAACUGGAGAGUUUAAAAGUAAGGAUCAAAGAGCUAGAAGCCAUUGAAAGUCGGCUGGAAAAGACAGAAUUCACCCUAAAAGAGGACUUAACUAAACUAAAAACAUUAACUGUGAUGCUGGUAGAUGAAAGGAAAACAAUGAGUGAAAAAUUAAAGCAAACUGAAGAUAAGUUGCAAGCUGCUUCUUCUCAACUUCAAAUGGAGCAAAAUAAAGUGACAACAGUUACUGAGAAGCUAAUUGAGGAAACAAAAAGGGCACUGAAAUCCAAAACUGAUGUGGAAGAAAAAAUGUACAGUGUCACCAAGGAGAGAGAUGAUCUAAAGAACAAACUGAAAGCAGAAGAAGAAAAAGGAAAUGAUCUCCUGUCCAAAGUUAAUAUGCUGAAAAAUAGACUUCAAUCAUUGGAAGCAAUUGAGAAAGAUUUUCUAAAAAACAAAUUAAAUCAAGAUUCUAGUAAGUCUACAACAGCAUUACACCAAGAAAACAAUAAGAUUAAAGAGCUCUCUCAAGAAGUGGAAAGACUGAGACUGAAGUUAAAGGAUAUGAAAGCCAUUGAGGACGACCUUAUGAAAACAGAAGAUGAGUAUGAGACUCUAGAACGAAGGUAUGCUAAUGAACGAGAUAAAGCUCAGUUUUUAUCUGAAGAGCUGGAACAUGUUAAAAUGGAACUUAAUAAGUACAAGUUAGCAGAAAAGACAGAGUCCAGCCAUGAACAAUGGCUUUUCAAAAGCCUUCAAGAAGAAGAAGCUAAAUCAGGGCACCUCUCAAGAGAAGUGGAUGCACUGAAAGAGAAAAUUCAUGAAUACAUGGCAACUGAGGACCUAAUAUGUCAUCUCCAGGGAGAUCAUUCAGUUCUGCAAAAGAAACUCAAUCAACAAGAAAACAGGAACAGAGAUUUAGGAAGAGAGAUUGAAAAUCUAACUAAAGAGUUAGAGAGGUACCGGCAUUUUAGUAAGAGCCUCCGGCCUAGUCUCAAUGGAAGAAUCAUCUCUGACCCUCAAGUAUUUUCUAAAGAAGUUCAGACAGAAGUAGGAGACAAUGAGCCACCCGAUUAUAAGAGUCUCAUUCCUCUGGAACGAGCAGUCAUCAAUGGUCAGUUGUAUGAGGAGAGUGAGGACCAGGAUGAGGAACCUAAUGACGAGGAAUCUGUGCUAUCCUUCAAAUGCAAUUCAUCUACUCCCUGUCCUGUUAACAGGAAACUAUGGAUUCCUUGGAUGAAAUCUAAGGAGAGCUAUCCUCAGAAUGGAAAAAUACAGACUAAACCCAAUGGCAACUUCAUGCAACCUGGAGAUCUAGUCCUAAGCCACACGCCUGGGCAGCCACUUCAUAUAAAAGUUACUCCAGACCAUGUCCAAAACACAGCCACUCUUGAAAUCACAAGUCCGACUACAGAAAGUCCUCACUCUUACACAAGCACUGCAGUGAUACCAAACUGUGGCACCCCAAAGCAAAGGAUAACCAUCCUCCAAAAUGCCUCCAUAACACCAGUGAAAUCCAAAACUUCUGCUGAAGGCCUCAUGAAUUUAGAGCAAAGCAUGUCCCCAAUUACCAUGGCAACCUUUGCCAGAGCACAGACCCCAGAGUCUUGUGGUUCUGUAACUCCAGAAAGGACAAUGUCACCUAUUCAGGUUUUGGCUGUGACUGGUUCAGCAGGCUCUCCUGAGCAGGGACGUUCCCCAGAGCCGAUAGAAAUCAGUGCCAAGCAUGCGAUUUUCAGAGUCUCCCCUGACCGGCAGUCAUCAUGGCAGUUUCAGCGUUCAAACAGCAACAGUUCAAGUGUGAUAACUACUGAGGAUAAUAAAAUCCACAUUCACUUAGGAAGUCCUUACGUGCAAGCUGUAGCCAGCCCCGUGAGACCUGCCAGCCCUUCAACACCACCACAGGAUAACCGAACUCAAGGCUUAACUAAUGGGGCCCUAAACAAAACAACCAAUAAAGUCACCAGCAGUAUUACUAUUACACCAACAGCCACACCUCUUCCUCGACAAUCACAAAUUACAAUCAAGGAGGUAUGCAAGCAGAGAAUCCCAACACGGAUCCCUAAACCAAAAUCUACAGGCAACACCAAGCUUUUCCCUAAAGCUCCCACAGGGCCUAUGGAUAAGCCCAGUCACUACACUGGCUGUGGGAAGCUACACAUAAGGACUGUCACCUCUAACACUUUUCUCCACAUGGGAGGGAAAAGAACUUUAUUGAAUCAUAUUUUGCUAAGAAGAUAUGCCAGCAAGAAUUCCUAAUCUCCUUCAAGAAAAUCAGAUUAUUUCCAUCAAAAUGGCAGGACAACCUAAAUCAUAAUUUAAGGUCUAAAACUAUGAUUUCUUUACACCAGGAGAAGAAAAAAAAGUGGUAAUUCUUAGUACAUGGAAAAAAGAACAACAAAAAUGAGUGAUGGGUGAACACAUCCUUUGUGUGACGGACCUGAUAAUCACUGGUGUAAUAUGCACACCUGACUGCGGGCACUUAGUCUUCUGUCUCACUUCUUCUAGUAAGUUGCCCCUCCUAUAUAUGCCAGGCCAUGGAAUCAUAUUGCUAGGCUUAUUAUGAAAACCAUUUUAGACGGGUAUUUUUGCUUUCUAAAGCCAUCAGGACAUUUAAGAGUCAAAGGUCAUUAAUACUGAGAUCUUUUAGGGAGAUAAGAAUCACUGUCCUAGGUGUUUAAAAAAAAAACAAAGACAAAAAUAUAUCGUCUCAUCAGACAUUGUUUAAUUACAUUACUUCAAUGAAUCAGUGUUACAGAAAAACACAGUUGAUUCAGCAAAAGACUCAAAUUCCAAUCCUAGCUUUUUACUCAUUUGACAAUGAGCUUGGCAUUCAUCAGUCUGAGCCUUGAGUUUCUCAUAUAUAAAACAGGAGAACUGAGUAAUUCCUUAGAUUCCUUCCAGUUCUGAUAACCCAUGACUGAAUUCAAUCAGUCAUCUACAAGGUGGGACUCAGGCCUCUGGCAGUAGUAAGCUGAAGUAAUUCUUUUCAUCACACUUAAAACUCUCUCAUUGAGUUAAGAGAAAGGUAUGUUUAUAAAUCAGUGUGGACAGAGCAACACAAUGUUAUAAGACAAGGCAUUUUUUUUUUUUUUUUGAGAGAGAGAGAGAAUGAGAGACAGAAAGCAAGAGAGGGAAGAGGGUCAGAGGGAGAAGCAGACCCCCUGUUGAGCAGGGAGCCCGAUGUGGGACUCGAUCCCAGGACUCCAGGACCAUGACCCGAGCCGAAGGCAGUCGCCUAACCAACUGAGCCACCCAGGAGCCCAAGACAAGGCAUUUUUGACAUGACACAGUUAUAUUAUACAAAGCUUCAGUCAGAAAGAAAAAAAAUUCUGUGAAGAGCAUGAUGCAAGGUUCUCUGUGAUCCUGCACUGAGAACUGGAGACAUGAUCCUGGAAGAAAUCCUGGAAGGACAGUGCUUUAGCCAGCUAUCCUGGGACUGAGCCAGCAGAGUAGGAGUAAAGGAACUGCCAUUCUCCACACUCAUCCAGCCAAGCCUGCUUCAAUGUGCUCAUGUCACUGUACAAAUACCCCUGGACUCACUCGAAUUUCAAGGAGGAGGAAAAGGAGCUGGAAUUCUGGGUAGCACUGAGCAAUGCAGCCAAAGAGAGGGAUGACGUGCAGCAGUCCCAACAGGGAAGUGGCAGAGGAAGAAGAUAGGGAAGGUCACGUGAAUUAAAAGCCUGAAAUGGAAAAGUCUAAGCUGAAAAGCAGUAGGAGAAAUAGUGGGAGGAAGUGACAAAAAAAAAGGUGACGAAGUUCUAAGACAAACAUACAAGAGAAACAGUUCAGAAGGAAGUGCAGGGUAGUAACAGGUGAAUGGUACAGUGGGAACAUGCGUAGGGUGCUUAGUGUGGUGCCUGCAAUAUGCAGGUAAUGUUAAAUGAACAGAGGAUGAGUGAAUGAUGGAGAGAAGGACCAUUCAGUCAAGACGUAAGUGAGAAAACUGCUAGGAGAUGGCAGUGGUAUUUGAUAGAGGAAAAGCAGUUAUGCCAGGUGACUGACAUUCAAGACUGAUAAUUAUGCUAAUGGAAAGAAAAAAACACUGGACCUCCUAAAGUGGACACCAAACAGACUGAAAAGAAGCAUAAAAGAGGAAAAACAAGCAUGAAAUACUCCCAGAAAAACAAAACACUGGGAACAUUUUUACCUUGAAGAGCACAAAAUAUGUUGUAUGUUGGACAUUUUUAAAUUGUUUUCUCCUAGGUUAGGAGACUUCUUACAGUACAUUUUCACGCCAAGAUGGCGUAAGUUCAGGAGAAAGCAAAAAAAAGAAGGACAAGGUACAAGAUACAAAGUACUAAAAAAGAGUCGGAAAAUAGCUACACUUCUAUGGCAAGCAGCCGAAACCCAUAUUUAAAUGGUAACAGUUCUAAUCCCAAGAAGACAAAAAUCUUUAAAAUAACAAAGUCUAUUUUAACUAGAGGAUUACCAACGAAAAACCAUGCUUAUUUUAAAGCAAUAUGUAACACAAUAAAAAUGCAUAAGUAGCUUAGAACUGGGAAUACUAUUUGGAGUUUAACACAAUGGUGUUUGAUCUAUAACACAACUGAAACAAAGAAUCCUGUUUCCUGAGAAUAAUCCUAUUUCUGCAGAAAUGUGGUUCCUCUAAAAAACAGUAAGAAUAAAAGAAGCUAUCCUAAUUCUGGAGUUACUGUACUAAGUUUUUUAAAAGAAAGCAGAUAAAAAUCCAAGUGAAAAAAACAAAUUCAAUUUGUAACAAGAAUUUUAAUAACCUGAUACUUUUCUGCUGGAGGGUUUCCUCAGCCCUUCAUUUAUUUAGCUGCAGUGAUUUCUGAACUAAUGUCCUUUUAACUACUUGAAUAAAGUAUCUGAUUUUUAACAGAAAUGUGACUGAUCUAAUAUAUGACUGAUAAUGAUAGACUAAGUAAUGGAGUAUUUGAUGUAAAAUGCAAUUCUCUCUGGGAUAUGUUUCAAAUUCCUGUUCUAGGGGACAUGGGACAUACAACUCAGGUUCUGACACUGAAUCUGGGGCAGGGGUAUGCAAACUGCAGCCCGCAGAUCAAAUUCAGCCCACUGUUUGUUUCUGUAUAUCCUGCAAGUUAAGAAUAGUAUUUACAUUUUUAAAUAGUAGAAAAAAAAUCAGAUGAUGAAUAUUUUACAAAAUGUGAAAAUUACAUGAAAAUCAAAUUUAAUUGUCCAUAGAUAAAGUUUUAUUGGAACACAGCCACUCUUUUGUUUACAUAUUUAUUAUGUAUGCUUGCUUUAUGCCACAAUGGCAGCGUUGAGUAGUGACAGUGACUGGACAGCAAAGCCUAAAAUAUUUACUACCUGGCUUUUUACAAAGAAAGUUUCUGAUCUCUGGCCUAGUGUGAAUUAGACUAGCAAGGAACUCAGGAACACGAGCUUAAGAGCUUAAUCAACUAAUUAAAAAAAAAAAAAACUAGUAAUUUAAGAACUAAGAAUUUUUUGAAAGCUGAUGAAAACAGGGAAACUAUAUUUCAAGCUGUUUGUGACACAUUUAGUAAAAUGUAUAAUUCUAUGAAUGCACUAAAGUGUUCAACUAAAGAACAUCAGAUAAGAACAGGUCAAAGGAUUUGUGCCACAAAACAAUGUUGCUGUUGAAUCUGAGAGGGAAAAUGGAAGUUUUUCUAGGCCUUCCAAAUUCCUGGUAUUUUUCAAGAGAUUCAUAGACAUUUAGCAAAAUGAUAGGAGAACUACUGUGCAUGUAGUUGGAGAAAGAUGUAUAUAUUUGUACCUUUAAACACAAUUGUUGUCAAGAACCACUUGUUUAAUCACUUGUAAGAACUAUUGAAAUUGUAUACAAUAAAGUAAAAGUAGCCCAUGAA